AAGACACCUAACCUCAAAAGAAUUAGCGUUCUCACAUUGAAGAAGCACGCGUGUUACUGCAUAAUAUUUUGGUAGUAUAUUUCGGAGUGGCCAUUCGUUUUAAUUUUUGAAUGGCGCAUUAGUUACAAAACUGUCCGUGCAGAUAAACCGCGAAUUCAAUUUUAAAGAAACUUGUAAAAAACAGCUUUUUUAAAUUCUUGGCAAAAUGUCUGAUUUCGAAAUGGGAUCUCCGGCGAGAAAAGACAAGAAAAAGAAGAAGAUAAAACAGGAACCAGGUAUUGAAAUCGAAAAUCUGGGCGAAAUCCAACAAUCGGGAGAUUUUCAAAUUCAAGCCUCAACCGCCAUUCCUAAACUGGACACUUCAAAAUGGCCUUUGCUGUUGAAACAUUUCGACAGAUUAAAUGUCAGAACUAAUCAUUACACUCCCCUACCAUUCGGAUCAUCACCGUUGAAUCGUAAAAUUAAAGAUUACGUUACGUCAGGAACCAUAAAUCUGGAUAAGCCUGCGAAUCCAAGCUCGCACGAGGUGGUCGCCUGGAUAAAAAAAAUAUUAAAAGUCGAAAAGACUGGCCACUCAGGAACGUUGGACCCUAAGACUACGGGUUGUCUCAUUGUUUGCAUUGAUAGAGCAACCAGAUUGGUCAAGAGUCAGCAGAGUGCUGGUAAAGAGUACGUUGCGGUAUUCAAAUUACAUUCAGCUGUCGAGAACAUUGCCAAAGUCUAUCAAGGUUUGGAGAAACUGCGGGGUGCACUAUUUCAGCGACCUCCUUUGAUUUCGGCUGUUAAGCGUCAGCUGCGUGUGCGUAGUGUGUAUGACUCCAAACUGCUGGAUUAUGAUGAACAACGCAACAUGGGAGUGUUUUGGGUAAGCUGUGAGGCUGGUUCCUAUAUCCGUACAAUGUGUGUUCAUUUGGGUCUCGUCACUGGAGUUGGCGGUCAAAUGUUGGAACUGCGUCGAGUUCGUUCAGGAAUCCAGUCAGAAAAGGACGGAAUGGUCACCAUGCAUGAUGUUCUGGAUGCUCAGUAUCUUUACGAAAAUCACAAGGAUGAAGCAAUGCUUCGGAGGGUCAUCAGACCGCUGGAGGGUCUGCUCGUUGGUCAUAAGCGUAUAAUCAUGAAGGAUAGUUCGGUGAAUGCUGUUUGCUAUGGGGCCAAAAUCAUGAUCCCUGGAGUGCUUCGCUACGAGGAUGGAAUCGAGAUGGAUCAAGAGAUUGCGAUUGUGACGACGAAGGGAGAAGCAGUAGCCCUAGCCAUCGCGCUAAUGACAACUGCCACAAUGGCCAGCUGUGAUCAUGGCGUGUGCGCCAAGAUCAAGCGCGUUAUCAUGGAACGCGAUACCUAUCCGCGCAAGUGGGGUCUUGGCCCUAAGGCUUCCAUGAAAAAACAACUCAUCGCCAGUGGAAAGCUUGAUAAGUUUGGCAAACCGAACGAUAAGACGCCGACGGAGUGGUUGACUGGCUAUAAGGAUUUCAGCAAACCGGUGGCUCCCAAACAAUCGAACGGCGCGGAAGAUGAUGCCGAGCUAGCUGGAGGAAAGCGCAAGUUGAGCAUCGGUAGUAUUGCAGACAAUUCAAUGGACACCUCUGUUGUCGAAGCUGAUUCUGGCGAGAAGAAAAAGAAAAAGAAGAAGAAGCACAAGAAGGACGAUGAGGCACCUGAAAGUACGGAAUCCACCGAAGCAAUUGAAACAGAACCUGUAGAAGAGAGCGCUGAGUUGAGGAAGGAAAAGAAGAAAAAGAAAAAGGACAAGAAACAAACAGAGGAAGCCGAGUAAACCGUUGUAAGUUACUUGAGUAGGCUUCCAAAUAAUCGUGCAUCUGGUUACACUCGCUGUCACGUCGUUAUUAGCCGUUAGCAGGGUGCAUUUUCCUAUUUUUAUGAUACAACCUGUAAACACUAAAUGGAAGAUUUCUUCUAAAUUGCAUUUGUUUUCUCUAUGAGCUACAGUUGAAUUUCGUUGGUUUUAAGCGUUUGAACAUAUUUAGAAUAUUCAAUUUUACAUUUACUGAGUAUGUGCGGCUCUAGUACCGCACUAGAUCUAAAAACCAAAUCAGGGUUCAGUCGUAAAAUUAAAUGAAUGCUAACAAUGUCCAAUAAUAGAAAGGCGUGCGAAUUAUAAGCUAUUCAGCAGAACAGAGAUACCUAACUGGAUAUAGGUAUAUGGUCAUGUUCACGAGACAAAAAAAUGUUUUCGAUAGCUUUUAAAGUGAAUGAAGAAAUAUAUAUUCAUUAUUUGUAAAAUUA